CUACUCGGGAUGUUUACAUCGCAGUUGUACCUAAAGCAGAGAAAGAACAAUGAGGCUUGCCAGCUAUGAGUGGGCGUGGCCUCUGGCCUGUUAACUCCGCGGGUCCUCCUUCACUAUAAUCAAUGAGACUACUUAGAAGUGCCAAUAAUCAUGGUGAGGAAAGAGCCUGUCUUUGAAGCUUAAGGAAAUCCCAUUGAGGCUUCAGCAACCGAAAAGGUUGAGGUGCGUUUUUAAACGGUGGAGGGAAACCCAAAGAAGCCGAAUUUAUAUAUCGGAUCCAAAGGCCGUUUGGGUUGACAUACUGCUUCCUAUUGUAGCUAAGUCUUUUGUGCUUCUGAUAGUUCAGCUGGGAAUUGCUACAAACCGGCCUCAGCAGUCGGUUUGUUGUACUGCAGUCCUUCAAACAUAUAGUCUCCGAGGCCUGUCAAUGAGGUUGGGGCUACAGAUCCCGAAGCACAAGGGAGCACCAGAUUUCCAAUAUAACCGCACCCAACUCGAACGGGCACUUGGCAAAGUCAUUGAUGAUAGCCAGAGAGAAAGCGAGAGACCUGAGUUUAAUCGAGGUUAUCCCAAAACAGAAUAACUUUUGUUGAUUAAAAGCAUCAUUGGGUCCUUCGGGAAAUGGCUUGAGGCACGCAUUUGCCAGUCGAACAGAAGGUUAGAAGAGGCAAGCCUCUCUUCCCUUGCAGUGAAAGCUGCCAGGGCUUGCUUUUCAGCAGAGCCACCGAGAGGCGGACUUGGGCCUUGCCGCCUUCCUUUCAUAGUUCUGGGGAUGCGGCUCCUCCUCCUGAAUUGAUUUCCGUAGAGCUGUACGGUAGUGGCUGCUGCUGACAAGAGUCCACUGGAAAUCGAGAAGGUAAAUAGAGCAGCCCCACCCUAAGGAGAGAAGGCGGAGACCAAUCUUGCUGUAUUCUAAACUUUUAGGAAGAGAAUGACUCAUUGGUUUCAUCGAAAUCCUUUAAAGGCUACAGCUCCUGUCUCAUUCAAUUACUAUGGAGUAGCCACAACUCCAGCUGCAACAAAAAUCUGCAAUGAUUUAAGGUUAUCAAGAGCACGACUACUGGAACUUUUUACUGAUUUAAGUUGUAAUCCAGAUAUGAUGAAAAAUGCAACUGAUUCCUAUUUUUCACUCUUGGAAGGCUUUAUAGUUGCUCUGGAUAACUCUUCACAGGAUAGCAAACUGAGAUACAUUCAGAAUUUUAAAUGGACAGACACGUUGCAAGGACAAAUACCAAGUGCCCAGCAAGAUGCUGUGUUUGAAUUAGUUUCUAUGGGAUUUAAUGUAGCCUUGUGGUACACUAAAUAUGCAUCAAGAUUAGCUGGGAAAGAAGACAUAACAGAAGAUGAAGCAAAAGAUGUCCAUCGCAGUAUGAAAAUAGCAGCUGGGAUUUUCAAACAUUUAAAGGAAAGCCAUAUCCCUAAAUUGAUCACUCCUGUAGAAAAGGGAAGGGAUUUAGAAGCUCGACUAAUAGAUUCCUAUAUUAUCCAAUGUCAAGCUGAAGCACAAGAAGUGACAAUUGCCCGGGCUAUUGAGCUGAAACAUAAUCCUGGUCUAAUAGCAGCCCUGGCUUAUGAAACAGCCAAUUUCUACCAAAAAGCAGAUCAAACGUUAUCUAGUUUGGAUCCGGCAUAUACAAUGAAAUGGAGAAAAUACCUUCAGUUGAAGUCAUGCUUCUAUAUGGCUUAUGCUUUUUGCUACCAUGGCCAGACCCUCUUGGCCAGUGAUAAAUGCGGAGAAUCUAUUAGGUCUCUACAAGAAGCAGAAAAAUUUUAUGGCAAGGCGGAAAAACUAUGCAAAGAAUAUGGUGAAACCAAAGGGCCAGGGACUACAGCGAAGCCAUCUGGACAUCUUUUCUUUGUGAAAUUAGGAACUGUAGUGAAAAAUGCCUUAGAAAAAUCUCAGCGAGAAAAUGGAUUCAUUUACUUCCAGAAGAUUCCUCCAGAGGCUCCCCAGCUGGAGCUGAAAGCAAACUAUGGUCUAGUUGAGCCAAUUGCUUUUGAGUUUCCGGCUGUGCAUGCUCAGUGGUCCCCAGAAUCCCUUGCUGCAUUUGAUCUCACCAAAAGGCCAAAGGAGGACAGUGCUAAACCAAAGGCAGAGGAAGAAGUGAAACCUGUGAAAGAACCAGAUAUAAAGCCUCAAAAAGACACAGGGUGCCAGAUCUCAUAAGAUCCUCAAUUGCAAAGAACUACCCCUUGUAAACUGCGUUCUGUAAACUUUAUGGUCAUUAUUGCCUGUCCUGUUUGCUAGUUCUUCUGGCUGCCUUUACUGUAACAAAAUAGAUUCUUUUUCAACUUGGUGUGUGUGUGUGUGUGCACGCGCACACAAACACACAUACGUACACUUGAAUAUACACACAUCUUUUUAUUGGCUGGGUUGAAUGGCUUUCUUUCAGAAGAAGAAAUUGAAGAAGAAAUUAAAGCUAGAUUGAAAGAAGAUUGGGACCAUAGUGGAAAUUAGCAUUUAGAUGAGCAGGCAUUAGAUUCUGGAACAAAUAAUAGUGAAUGCAAGGGAUGAGAUUGAGGCUCUGCUCAGGGUUUGUAAGGUCUGCACAACAGUGAAGCAAACAAGACAAUAAUGUAUUAUUUGUUUUAAAGACAAAUUAUUCAAGCCUCGAAUUAUUCAGAGUAAUAUAACAAACGAGGAAAAUACAGUUAAGCAUAGGAAUGUUCUAGACAGUAUAAAUUAAGUUUCUGCAGGAAUAUAGAUUGCUGCCAUCUUUGCACUUCAAAUUUUACAAAUGAAAUAAUAGUAAAGGUGAUUUCAAAUGAUGGUUAAUUCUACGAAGUCGCUCUUUGUGGAGUCACUUUUAAGUACUGCUAUGUCAAAUCAAUAAGGAUGUUUCCCUAAAUAAAGGAGGUUUUCCAUAAUAAAUAUCAUUUAUUAAACAUUUAGAAUUAUGACACAAAGAAAUGUGGAAAAAAAACCUGAAUAAAAAAUAUUAAAGCAUGCUAAAGAUGGAGAAACUGCUGCACAAAAAUGAGUUUUAUUGAUGUAAUUGGAAAGCUAAAUAACAGAAGAUUCAAAAAGGUGAUACCAAGAACAAGUCUUAUUUGUCAGUAAAAGCUGAAAUGUAAAAACAUGCUUUUUAUCUCUGCUUACUGGUUUCCACCUCUAUUUAAAUGUGAGAGGUUUGUACUGUAAAACUUCAGUAACAUUAUUUCAUGGUAUACAAAACUACAAACAGGGUUGUUUUGAAUAUUUUCUUUGUGCAGUUACAGUACUAUAUAUCUUCCUUAUAUACAUAUGUAAUUAGAAAGUUGCAGUAUGCAAUUUGUUGCCAACAGUUGUAUAUUUGCUGCCAGCGGAAAAUGUUUUUUGAUACUAAAAAAAAUAAAUAACAGAUAAAUUAUAGAUAACUAAUGUUUAAAGAAUUUUCACAUGAAAAUUUGAUAAAAUUUCAUUUCAAAGUAGAGAAUAGCAGUUGAUAUGUGCUUGGUAUAAUUAACAUCAAAUCCGUUAAUUUAUAUAUAGUAUUCGUUUAUGGUAACUUCUGUAAACUUCUCUGACUU